GUUAGGCUGGCCCCCAGCAGAGUACGGCCCCUUCGUUACUAACAUCUUACACAGUAACAGAAAGGAUAUUCAAAUUUGACCCUCAAGGAGAUGAUCAUUCGUCUGCCAAGGCGGUACGAGCCCUGAUCGGUGAACGCCGUGCUACACGACGAAUAUCGUCUGCUUUGAUGCUACUCCCAAUUGGCCGGAAUAUUAGCCACAAGUAACUUACUACUGCAUAUGCUGUAUAACGUCAAGACAAAAAUACUCAUGAUAUUUUCAGCUUUUAUUCUCUACCAGACCCUGGUAGAUAAUUGCCAUGCUCCCACAUCCUACUCGUUAAAACUAGUCUAGGAAGUGUCUGUAUCGCCUUUAUUCUAAAUUGUUAGGUAUCCUUCUUCGUACGACGAUUCGAUUUAGUUUGGAUAGUUACAUGGAGCAUCACAGUCCGGCACCGUUAAAUCGGCGUCCAUCUACAGCAUCGACAGCGAGCGGAUGGACCGCAAGGACUCUCGCAGGGAUGGGGUUAAGUACAGAACAUGUAACUUUGGGUGAUACUUUCGUUAAUACGGAGAACGAUGUUCGAAGUAUUCCGUUAGAACUAUCCAAUGUACCCAAGCAGAGAUCCGAAUCAGAGCAGUUAGGACAGGUGCAUCCAACUCAAGAUGGUCAGGCAGCACCAAGCCCCCAGUCUCAGUCAUCCAAGAGCAUCACGCUGGUGAAGAUAUGGUGGCUUGAGAUGGCUUCAUUCUUUCUAGUGAUUGUGAUGAUUGCCGCACUUGUGGGCACAAUCCGACCUUACCAAAAUCAGCCCCUACCUCAAUGGCCAUAUUCUCUCUCUAUCAACACCAUCGUUUCCUUCUACUCUGAAGUAAUGAGAGCAGCAAUGAUUAUGGUAUUAGGUGAAUGCCUCAGUCAGUUGAAAUGGAGUUGGUUCACGAAGCCACGUCCUCUAGACCACAUGGAACAUUAUGACAACGCGUCCCGCGGGCCAUGGGGAUCUGUCAAGCUAUUAUGGGCUAUACGUCUGAGUGCCAUACUCCCAUCCCUUGGUGGAAUCAUGAUGAUUCUAUCGUUGUUACUUGUCCCCCUCACGCAACAGAUUGUCCAAUUCAAUUCAUGUGAAAUCCCAGAUAAGACGCUCAAUGCAUCUAUUCCGAAGACAAACUUCGCCUCAACUGGAACGUCUUUACAUGUAGGAGCAGGACUAAACACUAUCUAUCCCAUCGUACAAGAUACAAUGAACAGUGCGGUAUACGAAAGCGAACUUAAACAGACGCCUUUCACUUGUCCAACCGGAAAUUGUACUUUUGAUGGAGUUUACCACUCAGCGGGGUGGUGUAGUACCUGUGAAGAUAUUUCAGACCAAAUAGAGAUUUCUUCGAAACCUGGGCAAUUAAAUUUCACUUUACCUUCAUCGAAUUUAACCGCGACGGCGGGGAUAAGAACAUUCGUGAUGGCCCAAGGGAAUACAGGUAUACAAUCCAUCCUCGGAUGGAGUGUAAACGGAACGCAGCAAAGAUUAUCGAACACGUCAUGGGGAAUCCGAGGUUACGGGGCAGCAGAAUGCACAAUCGACCCCUGCAUUAGAAGCUAUAACAGUACGGUGAAAGGGGGUAGAUUGACGGAGACACUGUUAUCUACAUCUAAGAAUUGGACUAAAAAUGAGUACUGGCUCAACUCCAUCGACGUCUCAUGUUUAAAAGCUACUGAGAUUCAAGCACUGCACAAUGCUGGUUACGACUUCGACCCUGAGAAAACGGCGUGGCUCCCGUACAAUCUAUCGGUACGAGCUAGCGAAGCGUUCAACCCGUCAGUUAUCAACGCCACGAAUACGACCAUACGCCCAGAAUGCAUAUACCAGACGUAUCGAGGCCAGAUAUUGAGCCUGAAUACUUACCUCAAGACUAUGUUUGCUGGCGAGGUCGCCUUUGCACCCUCAGUGCUAGGCGGCCCAGCAAUUCUCCAGUCGAUCUUCCAAGAAGGCAACGUUACCUAUUCCACCAUCGACGACACGUUUAACCGGGUUGCGCAAGCAUUGACUAUAUACGCGCGCGGGGAAGGUACCAAUAUCACGGGUCUUGUUUAUCAAACCGAAACAUGUGUCAGCGUUCGAUGGGGAUGGUUGACAUACCCCCUUGCUCUAGUACUCGGGACCAUGAUCUUCUUCUUGUGGACUAUAGACCACACAAGGCGGAACGUGGGAAGUCGGCAAGACUACAAGUCUUCGCCUCUCGCAUUGCUAUUUCAUCGUCUAGGAGACGCGGGAAGUGAGGGCCCGGUUUCUAAUAUUGAGAAUAGUGGCGAGUUGCAGAAGAAGGCGAAGGAGAUGAAGGUGGUGUUCCAGAGCACCAAUGAUGUGUGGCGCUUUACUGAGGUUGAACAUGCAUGUACUUCUGGGGUGAAUAAACCAAGUGUUUAACCCAAUGGUAGUUUAGUAUUAACAUCAUUUUAAUUAAGAGAUUCAAUUAGAGCUUACAUAUGCUGAUGAUCAUACUUAUUGUAGAGGGCCCCUUAACAGAAUAGGGGUAUGUAAAAUAUGCGGAUCUAUACCCCCCGCCAAGACUUAAUAGCCAAUUGUCCACUGAAUAUUAGUGGGUAUUAACCGCUAUAACUUGGGAAGCUCAACCGCUGAAGGAAGCCACCACACGACAUGAGAAUAGUUCGAAUUACAUCCUGGAUGGGUUCAACCAAAGACCUGAUGUAUGCACCUAAGUUGCGUCUAUAGCGAGUUCGCGGUAUGGUCUAUGUUUGGAGUUCCGAAAAUUGAGUAGCAUCGUCGAAGCUGCGAGUAAAAACGAGGAAUAUUUUUGAGCUGUUCGGCAGAUUAUCCAUCUACCGCGAUUCGGAACAAUAUUAUUCCAGCUC